AUGGAUAUGGAUAUUGUUAAGAAUCUCGAUUAUGCUACUACUGCUUUACGGGAAAUUGUUCGCAGUCUCCAACAUGAUAAUCUUCCGAAUACUUCUGACAAAACAAAUCGUAAAAGACCUAGUCCCACUGCUGAUGGUGGGAAGAAAAAAAGAAACCGAAUAACUUUUGAAGCGAGUCAAAUUGAUGAGCUGGAAAAGGUAUUUGCAAACAACCAAUAUCCCGAUGCCACAGUACGUGAGCAACUGGCCAAAAAAGUUCAACUCCAGGAAGAAAGAGUUCAGAUUUGGUUCCAAAAUCGAAGAGCCAAAUUUCGACGAGAAAUGAAACACAAAAACGAUUCGAUUGAGAUAUCAACAAAACCAGCUACUCCGUCAAUGGAGGAGAAGAAGUUAGAUGAGAUUUUAAACCUAAAUAAAACUAUUGUUGAGUGUCAGAAACCAAUCCAAGCAGAGGUUCCAGUGAUUGACAAUACUCGCGCAUUGGAAGCCAAAACUGUCUUUAAUGCCGAUCAAGAUUUGUCUGCCGCAUUGUGCAUCCUUUUGAAUCAAGCCGCCGCCAAUCCCACUUAUUCAGAAAAUGAUGAUAUUGAAGAAGACAAGUAUGAAAGUCAGCUGAGUGCUGAAAACACUAACUUACUUAUGCUCACUCUGUCACACUUGUUUACCACUCAACAUGAAUCAAUCCUUUCAUAA